GUGCUGAGGCACGAGGAGUUCGAGGAGGGCUGCAAAGCCAGCUGCAACGGCCCUUAUGAUGGAAAAUGGAGCAAAACGAUGGUGGGUUACGGGCCAGAAGACAACCACUUUGUUGCAGAAUUGACUUACAAUUAUGGUAUUGGAGAAUAUCGCCUGGGCAAUGACUUUCUGGGCAUAACGCUUGUGUCCAGCCAGGCUGUGAGCAAUGCCAAGAACAUGGGGUGGCCCCUCAGAGAAGUCACGGCGGGUAUUUUUGAAGCUGAAGCCCCAGGAGGGUACAAGUUCUACUUGGAAGACAAGGAACAGCUGAAGCAAGAUCCUGUGCUAAAGGUAACCUUGGGUGUCUCCGAUCUGCAGAAAUCUGUUAGCUACUGGGCUGACUUGCUCGGGAUGAAAAUAUAUGAGAAGGAUGAGGAAAAACAAAGGGCUUUGCUAGGCUAUGCGGAUAACCAGUGUAAGCUGGAGUUGAAGACUGUUGGAGGAGCGGUUGACCACGGGACAGCGUUUGGGCGGAUUGCCUUCUCCUGUGCCAAAGAAGAGUUGCCAAACAUUGAAGCACUGAUGAAAAAGGAGAAUCAGAAAAUUUUAACGCCUCUGGUUAGCUUGGACACACCCGGCAAAGCCACAGUGCAAGUGAUUAUUUUGGCUGAUCCUGAUGGCCAUGAAAUCUGUUUUGUGGGAGAUGAAGCCUUCAGGGAUCUGUCCAAGGUGGACCCUAACGGUGGCAAACUGUUGGAUGACGCCAUGGCGGCGGACAACAGCGACAAGUGGUUUGCGGCGCAGAAAAUGAAGAAGGCUUCUGCUUAG